AUGAUAAAGUAUUUUUUAAUUAUUCUAUUAUUACUUCCCAUUGUAAUAUAUUGUCAAGAGGUAUUGAUGAAAGUAUCAAUAUUUGACCACCAUCCAGCGGUAGAUGGUAAUUUUGAACCUCCAACAGCUGGUAAAGUCACUAGAGGAAUGGUUAAAUCUAGUCUAGAUAUUAAAUCUAAAAUUCCAGAGUUGGUGUCGCUGGAUCCAGCCAAUAAAAUAAAUAUAGGAGGCAAUAUGUACGUACCACAGAAUUUCAAAUACUUUUUCUCGCCAGAUUACACGCCAUCAAAGAUCAAUCGUUAUCUAAACACUUCCAUUCUACUUGCCAAAAAAGGAGACUAUUACGAGUACAAGAACGACUUUUUCUUCCCAAUUGAUGGUACCUCGUCCGCCAAACUCGGGUUUGAUGCCGAGGGUUACAAACUCUACUACGAUGUUCCAAACGCCAACCAAUACCACAACUACCACUUUUGUCUGAAAAUGAACUCCUUUUUCAAAUUCAGACUGACCAGUCCUCCAAUGCAAUUUAACUUUAGAGGAGAUGAUGAUGUUUGGGUAUACAUCAACAACAAGUUGGCCAUGGAUUUGGGUGGUCUCCACUAUUAUGCGGAUGGUUCGAUCGUGUUUGACACGAUGAAAGCACAAGAACUCGGUCUGACCGAUGAUGGUGUCUAUUCAUUUGAUUUCUAUUAUUGUGAACGUCAAACAACUGGUUCUCAUAUGGGUUUCCAAAUUAAUUUCCCUCUAGAUUGUUCUCAAACUGAUUAUUGUGGAGUUUGUAAUGGUGCAGGAGAAUGUUGUGAUGUCAACAAGGCAUGUGUAAAGUAUGCUGGUAACAAGUGUAUGGAUGCAAAAUGUCCAGCUUGGAAUACAAAUAUUCCAGACCUUUCUCAAAUGUCAAACUAUUGUGUCUACACUAACAGAAGUUAUGAUAGUAUGAAUGACAAAUGCUCGUUUUACACUUGUGAUCCUGCCACUGGUAAUCCAAAGAAGAAUCCAUCCCCUUGCGAUAAAUUGCCAUGCCAAUCAUCAACUUGUACCAAUGGAGCCGUAGGAUGUGUCUACACACCCACCUGUGUCCCGGCAAACAGCUGUGAGGUCGUCAAGUGUGCUGCCGACGGGGUAACCUGUAAUCGUAGUCCAAAGACCUGUACCAGCACAGACGUCUGCAAAAAGUACUCGUGUGAUACAAGUCGACCAGAUGGAUGUACCUCUCAGCCAACCUGUCCAACGGUGAUUGUCGAGAAUGGUGUUGUCAACAAGUGCAAGUAUGGUACAUGCAACCCUGCAAAUACUACCAAUCCAUGUGUUAUCAAUGAGAUUGCCAACUGCAACGAUUGUUCCGGUACCCCCAACCCAUGCCAGGUGCUCGACAAGUGUAUCUCUGCCACGGGCAAGUGGACAUUCAAAGACAACCCAGAGAUUAACGAUAAUGACCCAUGUAACAAAGAUUUGUGUGAUAUCGCCACCGGUGUAAUAACCCACCCCUAUAUUGCUUGUCCUGGGACCUGUAGCCGUUGCAACGCAUCCGAUGGUGCCUAUGCAUGUAAACUAGUCAACUCUCUUUGUGAAGAUUCCAAUGCGUGCACAACCAAUACAUGCUCUACCAAUGGAACUUGUCUUUUCGAUCCAAUAAAGUGUCCUGCCGAUCCCGACAAGUGCUCUUUCUACACGUGUGACAAGACCAAAGGAUGCACAUUGCAAAGCGUAACCUGUCCCGACGAAGGAAACUGUCAAGUUGGCUACUGCGACAAGUCAAUGGGUUGUCUUCUCCGCCCAAGAAACUGCACAACCGCUGCCUAUUGUCUCGAGGGCUAUUGUGAUGAGCGUCUAGGAUGCUUGUCGCUCAAUCGUACCUGCACACCCAACCGUCCGCAAUGUCAAGUAGGAAUAUGCAACAAUCAAACAGAGACUUGCGAGUAUCAUGACCGUGAUCCCUAUCCAUUUGUAUGUAAAACGGCUGCUGUCGUUUCCACCGCCGUCAUUGCAGGUGUGGUAGUUGCCGGUGCAGUUGCUCUGGGUCUCGCAGUGUUUGGAGGAAAGAAGGGAUACGACUAUUGGAAGACACAACGAGCUGGCAAGAUUGGUGCUGCAAAUGCCAACCCAUUUAAGAGAUGUUCUGGGGUCAGAGGUUCUAGGCGAUGGGAUAAUGUAAUAGAGACUGGUAAAGAAGGAUUAAAUGAAAAGUUGUACUGGGGUACUUAUAAACCACACCUAUAUCAUGCAUUAAAGAGCAGAAGUAAACAACCAAUCACGGCGGGUUUGAUAUGGUCGGUACCAAACAUUGAUAAACUGUACACUCGCUAUUUGCACCGUGUGGGAGGCCAAGCCAUUGACGGAGUGGAACGAUACGAAUGGAUCAGACACGACGGCUACAACUAUGGAGAACAAGAGAUUGAAGACAAGGCUGGUAAUCUAAAGCUGAUCAUCUCGUUUAUUAAAAAGGACAAGACCAACUGGAGUGUUCGUGUUAGUGGUAGUCAAUUAAACACAACCAAGCCUGUUCCAAUGACAUCACUCUUUUACUAUAUCCAAGAUGAAAGUAUGACUGAUCAAAAGGAUGGUAAAGGUUUGACCUACUCUCAAACUGACGGUGUCUCUAAAGGUGAAAAGGAUGUUUACAUUGAUGGUUCUCACCCAGAACUUGGUAGAUACACAAUGACACUCAGUAAUCUAGAUGCCACAAACACUCCAAAGAGUUCAAUGUUCCUAGACACACAACCAAGUGUCCAAGAUUGGCGUUACUAUGGUCAGUCGGAAACAUCAGACAAUCGAUGGGACAUUCCAACCGUCAUGUUUGACGAAUCAACCAAAGAACACAUUCAAAGCUACUACAGUAAAUGGUUGAGUUCUGAAAAGAAACAACAAACUGUUUUUGUACCAACACUUCCCAAUAUCGUUGAAAAGAAUAGUAACCUUUUAGUUGUUCAAAGAGUUUUAACUGCUCCUUUUAAUGUUGAAAUAUCAUUUACUUGUCAUGGUGAAAAAGAAUUAAGUCAAGCAAAGUUAAAGGAAACUUUUACUAAAAUCUCUAGAACUAAUUUCGAUGAGAUUUGGGAUCAACAUAAUAGAAAGUUUGAAACAAAAUAUGAAUUAAAGUUCCCAGUCAACAAGUUUGUAACAGAUGAAUAUAGAAAGUUUGGAAAAAUAGUACUUUCUAAUAUGUUUGGUGGUAUUGGUUUUUGGUCUGGUAAUAUUCAAUACAGAGAUCCAAUCACUAAUAAAAUUCAAAUUGCUCCUGACUCUACAUUAUUUGGAACAACACCAAGUAGAGCAAUAUUUGGUAGACCAUUCCUUUGGGAUGAAGGUUUACAUCAAUUGGUAGUUGGUCAUUUUGAUUCUGACAUGUCACUUGAGAUCUUGUCUAGUUGGUUAAAUACGAUGGAUGCAAAUGGUUGGAUUGCUCAUGACCAAAUAUUGGAUCGGGAAAUUGCAUCAUUUGCAUUGGAAAACAACAAGAAUGAGGAUAUCGUACAAUCACCACGUGUACUCAACCCACCCACCAUCUUGAUGGCUAUUGAUAGGUUGAUUGAUCAAGUCUACCAAUGUCUCCAAGGUACAUCCAACACACAAUCUACGGUUACCUCGGACUGCAAGAAUGAGUCUGCUAGAAUACUCGAGUUCCUUCGCGCUGCCUAUCCACGACUCGGCAAGUACUACCAAUACUUUUGGGACACACUAGAAUCGGACAAGGUACCAAAACUCUUUAGUUGGAAGAUGGAUCAUCUCUCAAAAUCCAACCUCAAAAAUGGUACUGCCGUCUUGAUUGCCAGUGGUAUGACCGACUACCCACGAUGCAACUUUGGUUCGUGUAACAGCCAAAACGAGCUAUUUGAACAAGAAGAAAACUACUUGCAUUUGGAUGCUGCCGCUUGGGUUGCCUAUGCAGCUGGUAGAAUGGCCAGAAUCGCCGAAACCAUCAAGGAGUCGUCACAAGACUACCGCAACGAUAAAAGUGUCGUGCUUGAACAACUCAAAAAGUAUCAUUGGGAUCCGUACACUAGUAAAUACUAUGACGUCAAGAUUACGACCACCAAACCAACCAUCAAAGUUGAAAAGGUUGAUGUCUAUGGUAUCCUCAACUUUAUGCCUCUCUUGUUGGGAUUGGAAGAUUCAAAUGACCGAUACCUCCUCGACAAACUCAACGCGGUCAAGGAUAUCAGGGGACUGUGGUCAAGACAUGGAUUGAGAUCACUUGCAGUACGUGACCCCUACUUUAACUCGAAUAACCAUGAAUGGCGAGGUGCCAUCUGGAUCAACUACAACUAUAUUCUCACCAAUGCCAUACACACCAAAUACAUGGUGGAACCACCCAAAGCAGCUAAAAUCUCAUUCUACGAAACCUAUCAUUCUCUCAGACACAAUUUGGUCCACAAUGUCUAUUUGGUGUAUCGUGACUCUGGUUUCAUCUGGGAACAAUACCACUCAAUUGAAGGAAAUGGUCAAGGUGCACAUCCAUUCUGUGGUUCUACUUCUUUGGUAUUAUUAAUCCUUAGUGAUCAAUUCUCUUUAACAAUUUAA